GUCAGCGGCUGCUUGCUUCCGGGUGGAGAGAGCCGAACUACAAGAUAGAGAGUGGCAAAUAAAAGCCGGGAGGAAGUAGAGGGCCAGUAGGGCUGAUAGCCGGCUGCACCGGGAGUACACGCAGGACAGACCCGGCAUGUGUUUUCUCUGAACUUGUAAAAAUGGGAGAUGCUGCCAAUCAAGUCAGAGGAAAGGGCUUAAAAGAGGAAGAUGAUUUUAAAAGAAGUCCAAAGAAGCCAUCCUAUCUGAGUCCCGAAUGCCAAGGAAAGAAAUUAGGAAGGGACUCUUCAAACCCUAAAGCCAUCCCAGUAGUUUACGGCAGACGUCCACGCAAUGGGCCACAUCAGAACUUCAGUCCUGUGAUGCAGGCAGGCAACAGUCCCAAGGACCCCGUGAAACGAUGGUCAGCAGAAGAACAGAGAAGUGACUCUGAUAACUGGAGGGGACGUCAGCCGCCGAAUGUUAACAGAUCAAGGAACAACUCAACAAAUGAGUCGGGGGAUUCCACCAGAUGGCAGGAAGUUGGGGACAGACAUAAUCAAAUGGGAAGACGGCAGAGCCACAAGGAAACUGCCCCUGGAGAUUUGUCUGAUCAUCAUGGAAUUUCCGAUUUGCAGACCCCCAUAAAGCGAGAACGACAGUACUCCCGGUCAGAGAGAGAUGAAGAGGACUGUCUUGGUAGCCCUGUCAUAGAUGAGUCCAUGUUGUCCAAAAAAGAGCUGCUAGGCCUGCAGCAGGCUGAAGAGCGCUUGAAGCGGGACUGUAUUUACAGGCUGAAACGGCGUCCUCGAAAAUAUCCUACAGCUAUUUAUACCUGCAAGCUCUGCGAUGCCCUAGUGGACUCUAUACCUUCUGCACAUAAACACAUGAAAGAAAAGAGGCACAGGAGAAUUUUAAAGGAAAAAAGGGAAGAGGAAUUGCUCACAACUCUGCCACCACCAACGCAGCCUCAGAUACAAGCAAUUGGUAUCGCAAUAAGCAAGGUGGUACAGGAACGUGGCUUAAAUGAAGAUGAUGUAGCUAAGAGACUGUCCACGGUUUCAUCCAUGGAAUCUGUCAUUAAGGAGAAACUCCCAGGGUGUUCUCUAAGACUCUAUGGAUCCUCUUGCAACAGAAUGGGAUUUAAGAAUUCUGAUCUGAACAUAGACAUUCAGUUUCCUGUAACUAUGAAUCAACCCGACGUUCUUCUGCUAGUUCAGGAAAGCCUGAUUCAAAGUGAUUUAUUCACUGACUUUGAAGCCGACUUCCAUGCCAGGGUUCCCGUGGUGGUGUGCAGAGAAAAGAAAAGUGACCUUAUAUGUAAAUGUGAGCGCGUGGCAAUGAAAUGCUUGUCUCACCACCAACCUUCUGGCUGCCUUGGGCCGAAAAGAGUCAAGGCUUGUACCUUGGUGGUGGCUUUCCGAUAUUGGGCAAAGCUAUGUGGCAUCGAUAGGCCAGAAGAAGGUGGCUUACCACCAUACGUGGCUGCUCUCUUGGUGGUUUUCUUUCUCCAGCAAAGAAAGGAGCCAGUGCUUCCUACUUACCUAGGAUCAUGGAUUGAUGGCUUUACAAUUUCUAAAUUGGCCCAGUUCAGUCUUAAAGAACCCAACAAUGAAUAUGUGUUUUGGGAAUACAGUGCUGUGGCAGACAAUGAGAACCAAAAUAAUGAUCGGUGUACUGCUAAAGGAAAGGCUCCACUCUUCUUUGACACAGAAAAACUGUGUUCUGCCUCUGUUGGUCAGCUGUGGGUUGAACUGCUGAGAUUUUAUGCGCUGGAAUUCAACAUGGUUGACCUAGUUGUCAAUGUUCGUGUGAAAGAGAAGCUUUUUAGGGAUUUGAAGGACUGGCCUAAAAAACGAAUUGCUAUAGAAGAUCCUUACUCUGUAAAGAGGAAUGUAGCAAGAUCAAUGAACAGUCAGAUAGUGUAUGAGUACCUUCUUCACUGUUUAAAGGCAACCUACAAAUAUUUUGCUCUGCCCCAAAACAAGUCUGGAAAAUGCAGCGUUAAAAAAUCCAGUUCUUCUACAAAUGCUAACAGAGGAAGUACGCCCAGUGCUGUGAAAUGUCCAAACUUUGUUCAGAACAUAAGUAAGCAGCUAGAAGAUUUAACCAUAGACCAUCAUGAUGGGUCAGGCUAUCCUGUAAUUGUCCAGCCCAGUUGCAGCGAGGUUCAAAGUAACUUGGAUAGCAAAGUGAAGAAAAAACUUGACUAUAAUAUUACAUACCCAGAUGUUAAUCUUGAGGAUGCUGACUGCAUAACAGAGGAGAUUAUUUUAGAUGACUCGGAAGAUUUCUUCCAGGGCUCAGAAGAACCAGAAAGCCCUCAUGAAGAUACUGAUGAUGACCACCCUUUAAUGGGUAAUGAGGGGCAAGGUGAUUAUAUCACGAUUGAUCAAAGCUACGAGGAAGACAGUGAAAGUGGAGACGCGGCAGUGCCAGGAAAUGAAGAAACCGACAGCUUGUCUGAUUUUGAAGGAGGUAUUGUGACUGAGGGUGAGGAGAUUGGCUUGGAGAGCAGUGACCUUUAUGGUGAAAAAGUUGACCUAGGGGAGGAGAGCACAGAGGGUACAGAUGAACUGGAGGAAACCAUCCAUGACUUUGGACUGGCAGCUGUACCUAAUUCAGAUGAUGAGGAAGAGGAUGAUGAAGAGUCUAGUUUGAUAUUGAUUCAUAGAGAGCCAUCGGAUAUCUUAAAUGAUGAGCUAGAGAACACUUACACUGGCUCAGUGGAUGAAUUGUUACCUGAAGAUGGCCAAACUGGACAAGUAUCUGUCAGCAGUUGUAAAGACCAUGACGAGACCAAUGAAGGACUUGCUGGCAGGGUGCUUCAGAAAACAGAAGUUGCAAAGAAGCCUCUGCCAGUUUCUGAAGGCUCUGCCAUAGAAGAUGUUUGUUUGUUUUAUGAAUUCAGCAGAUUAACAUUUACGAAAGGCAAGCUUCCCACUGUUGUAUGUAACUUGUGCAAGAAAGAAGGGCAUCUAAAGAAAGACUGUCCAGAAGACUUCAAAAAGAUCGAACUGGAACCUUUGCCGGCUCUCACUGCUAAAUUUAGACAGCUUUUGGAUCAAGUUUGUAUCCAGUGUUACGAGGAUUUUCAUCCUACUUCCCUGGAAGAUAAAGCCCGGGAGCAUAUAAGACAUGAUCUUGAGGACUUCAUCAGACGUGAAUUUAAGGGAGCCAGGCUCAGUUUGUUUGGUUCUUCAAAAAAUGGCUUUGGCUUUAAACAGAGUGACUUGGAUAUCUGCAUGACAUUUGAGGGCCUUGAAACUGCAGAGGAGCUGGACUCUAUAAGGACUAUUGAAGAGUUGGCGAGGCAACUUAGAAGACAUCAGGGUUUGAGGAACAUUCUUCCCAUUACCACAGCCAAAGUGCCAAUUGUGAAGUUCUACCAUGUAAGAAGUGGACUUGAAGGAGACAUCAGUUUAUACAAUACUCUGGCUCUUCAUAACACUCGUCUUUUAUCAUCGUAUGCUGCUAUUGACCCGAGAGUCAAAUAUCUCUGUUACAUUAUGAAAGUCUUCACCAAGAUGUGCGACAUAGGAGAUGCCUCUCGUGGUAGCCUUUCUUCAUAUGCAUACACACUUAUGGUGCUGUACUUUCUUCAACAAAGGAACCCACCUGUUAUACCUGUUCUCCAAGAGAUCUACACGAAUGGCUGUAAGCCUGAAAUACUGGUUGAUGGCUGGAGUGUGUACUUCUUUUCCCAGACAGAAGAGUUGGCAAAGUACUGGCCAGAAUUUGGAAAAAAUAAGGAAUCUGUUGGUGAACUCUGGGUGGGCCUCCUUCGCUUUUACACUGAAGACUUUGAUUUUAAAGAGCAUGUCAUCUCAAUCAGAAAAAAGAGUUUGCUGACCACUUUUAAAAAGCAGUGGACCUCCAAGUAUAUUGUCAUUGAAGAUCCUUUUGACUUAACUCACAACUUGGGAGCUGGAUUAUCCAGGAAAAUGACAAAUUUUAUAAUGAAAGCUUUUAUCAAUGGAAGGCGCUUAUUUGGCACUCCAGUGAAAGGAAUCCCCAAGGAAUAUCCAUCCAAAAUGGAAUAUUUCUUUGAUCCAGAACUUUUGACUGAAGGAGAAGUUGCUCCAAAUGACAGAUGUUGCCGCAUUUGUGGCAAAAUUGGACACUUUAUGAAAGACUGCCCUAUGAGGAGAAAAGUUAGGAGGCGAAAUAAUGAAAACCAAAGAUAUGUGGACAAACGGCAACAACGGAAACCUGAAGAUAAGGAGUUGAAUAAUAGCAUGGAAGGUGAUGGCUUUUAUAUGGACGGCAAGCAGUGCACCACACCCAAAAAGCUGUAUCAGGGGGCCCGGAGCUCUCUUGAAGCAUGCAGAGAGAGGACACCCAAACAUUCUAGUGAAAAGUGGAGACGACAGGAAGAACUGAGGGAAAAGCGCUGCUUCAUAUGUGGAAGAGAAGGCCAUAUCAAGAAAGAGUGUCCUCAAUACAAAGGGGCAGCAGGCAGCCCCAAGUCUGAUGCACCUUUUGGAUCUCCAUCAGCAUCCAGUCCACUGAAACACCAGGGAAGGUUUAUCCAGGUAGUACCGUCACCAGAUGAGAAAUGGAAACCGAAGAUGUCUUUCAGUCCUCAGUCAGGCAGCCUUUCCACUAAAUACAUGACUCAGGGAAAAGCCUCUCGUAAGAAGGCACACCAGGAAUUUUAAGGAUGGAAGAAGCACACUGCCAGAGAUGUAGCCCUAGGCCGUCCAGGAAUACACCUCUCCUUUUUGUUUUUGGAACAAAUUUUACGUUGAGCAAAGCAUCUUUGUACAAGAAACAGCAGCAAUGAAAUAUUGGACAUUAAUAACGAACAGUUUCUUUUUUAAUUUCAAAAUGUAAAAUUUAGAAGCCUUGUUUUAAUGUAAGACUCUUACCUUGGGCACCUUUUCUUAAUUUAUUUUAUUUUAGCGUUUUAACAAAAAAAUCCAGAGAAAUAGACCUUUGUAUACAAAGUUGAACAAUUGUUAAAUUAUAAUUUGAUGCCCCACCAUUUUAAUUGCAGCAGACGUAUUAAUCUCUAUACGGGUUGCCCUUGUAACAGAGAUUCCUUGUUUCCUUUUCACAGAAAUGAAUAUUUUUGAAAGGUAAAUUAUAUUUAUUGAUUGUGUCAGGAGUCCUUGUAUAAAUUGUUUAAACCCUUUGUGAUCCGCUGCUGUAUUUACACACAUGAUUUUACUCUAUUGUGUCCAGCUCAAUUUUGAGUCUUUUUAUGUAAAUACCUCAUUGGAUGUAUUGCUACAUCUAGUCUUUUGUUCUUUUAUUGAACCUCUUCAUCAUUAAUGUAUGUUUUCAACAUCGUUCUGAGAAACAGCUCUUGAUGUAUUGCAUGACAUUUGACUCUGAAAGCGGGUUGUUCCAGUAUUUUGCUGCUAAUGUCCAAAAAAAAGGAAAAAGAGUUAUGUAGUUUACGGUCAUAAUAAAAAGGAGGAAAGUUC